AAACGACACAGUUUCAAAGAAAGCAAAAGGCACUGCUGCCAGCUUCCAAAAUUGCGUGGUUUCCGCCCAAAAUCGAAAAACACAAAAUCCAGGUUGUAUUACGACACCGUUUUAGAAGCAACUCAAUUCUUAAAUCAACAACUCAAAACCCCAAGAACCCGGGUCCGGCACUCUUCAGCAGUAACCCACUACACCGAAUCUGAGAAACAGAGCUGCAAGAGAGAAUGGGCUGAGAAAUUGCGGAAGAACAACAAAGGCUUCUUGUGUAUUUGUAUGUGUGAACUAACUGCUAAAUGCUAAUUGCUAGUUGUGGUUGUGGUUGUGUGUGUUUAACUGGUUCGGAUCUGCACUUGUUGGUUUGUUCAUCUUUUUUGUUGGGAUUUGGUUGAUUUCAGACUUGGUAGUUUGAUACUGAGCUCUCUCUCUCUCUUGCCAUUUCGACAGUGGAUUUUUGUCAUGGAUUUUGUAGAUGCCACGUGAAACAGGAGAAAACAUGAGACACUAAAACGGGAGAGGAGCCAUACUUGUUGAAGGACCCAACGAACCCAUUCAGCUCAAAACCCAACCCAGCCCUCGGCUCACUGUGAACCCACCCAGCAGGUCCGGUUCAAGGCGACGCAAUGGAUGAUGAUAAUUCCAACCCGUUUCGACGCAUGUCGAGCCGAACUCGUAAGGUUGCUCCAAGAAUGGCUGCUGCCCUUGCAAGUAGUGACAACCGCACACAUGCCGCUCUUGCUCGCCUUGAAGCUUUAGAGAAUGACAAUGCGGGAAUAGAACAGAUAGAAAUCAAUGAAGACAGUGAUGCUUCUCUUGACGAUGAUGAUCAAGGUUAUAUGCAAAAGAGGCAGUCCAAGGGCACAAAACGUAAAACCCGACAGGCCAAAGCACUUGAGAAUGCCAGGAAAGCCCCGAGAACAUUUCUGGAGCUAUUAAAUGAGGCAAGCCUGGAAUCCUUGCCUCCUCAUGUUCCCUCCUAUUUGAAGGCAGCAGUGGGACCUCCAAGCUCUACCUCUCGCCGCCAUUUCUGUACUGUUUGUGGAUAUGCUGCCAGCUAUACAUGUGUGAAGUGUGGGAUGCGCUUUUGUUCAGGCCGUUGCCAGAAUAUACAUAAUGAUACUCGUUGUCUGAAAUUUGUUGCCUAACUGGUGGGAGAUUUUAACGAGCCAAAAUCUGUAAAUUCAUGAAACUUGAUGCUCAUUGCUAUAUACAGAGCUAUGUGGAUAUUGUUACGUUCUUUCCCUUUUUAGUUUCCCUAGGAAACAGGGUGUUUUGUACCAUUGGCCUGUACAUUUUAUAUUCUUGCAGUUUAGUUCAAUAUAUAGAGGGGGACUUUUUGGA